AUGGCUCACUACAACCUCAAUGUGCCAGGCUCAAGUGAUCCUCGCACCUCGGCCUUUCAGGUAGCUGACGCAGGGAUGAACCAGACUUUGAAUAGCAGCAGGACCACAGAGUUGGCCCUAAAUCAUUCCACAGGGAGCGUGGUGCACACGGCCUGCCUGGUGCUGAGCUCCCUGGCCAUGUUCACCUGCCUGUGCGGGAUGGCAGGCAACAGCAUGGUGAUCUGGCUGCUGGGAUUUCGAAUGCACAGGACUCCCUUCUCCAUCUAUAUCCUCAACCUGGCCGCAGCCGACCUCCUCUUCCUCUUCAGCGUGGCUGCCAUGCUCAGCCUGGAAACCCAGCCCCUGGUCAGUACCACUGACAAGGUCCACGAGCUGAUGAAGAGACUGAAGUACUUUGCCUACACAGUGGGCCUGAGCCUGCUGACAGCCAUCAGCACCCAGCGCUGUCUCUCCGUGCUCUUCCCUAUCUGGUUCAAGUGUCACCAGCCCAGGCACCUGUCAGCCUGGGUGUGCGCCCUGCUCUGGAUGCUGUGUCUCCUGACAAAUGGGUUGACCUCUUGCUUCUGCAGCAAGUUCUUGAAAUUCAGUGAAGACCGGUGCUUCAGGGUGGACAUGGUCCAGGCUGCCCUCAUCAUGGGGGUCUUAACCCCAGUGAUGACUCUGUCCAGCCUGACCCUCUUUGUCCGGGUGCGGAGAAGCUCCCAGCAGUGGCGGCGGCAGCCCACUCGGCUGUUCGUGGUGGUCCUGGCCUCUGUCCUGGUGUUCCUCACCUGUUCCCUGCCCCUGGGCUUCUACUGGUUCGUGCUGUACUGGUUGAAGCUGCCGCCUGACAUGCAGGUCCUGUGCUUCAACUUGUCACGCCUCUCCUCGUCCAUGAGCAGCAGCGCUAACCCCCUCAUCUACUUCCUGGUGGGCAGCCGGAGAAGUAACAGGCUGCAGAGGUCGCUGGGGACUGUGCUCCAACGGGCACUUCAUGAGGAACCAGAGCUGGAAGGUGGGGAGACGCCCACCACGGGCACCAAUGAGAUGGGGGCUUGA